CAGGUUCUGCUUUUCUCCAAGGCACAGGAGUUGAGCCGUUAGUAGUGUUGUUACUGAGGGAAUAUUGGUGUAAUGUGCUCCGUGUUUUGUAACUUGUGUCUUCAUCGAUUAUUAUAUUUAAUUAAUUAUUGUCCAUCAAUUGACGAUAAAGAAAAAACUAAUUAAUUUUAUUAUCUUUAAAAUAAAGUUUAUAAUAAUUUAUUACAAAUGAAAUCAAAAAAAGUGCGGUGAAAGUUUAACGUGAAUGUGAGUGUAUGUGUGUGGUGUAGUUAUAUUUAAAAAAAAAAAAACGAAAAAACGAAAAAUCGUGCUAAAAAAAAUUCUUUUUUGUUAAUAUAUAGUUAAUUGUUGUUUUGAUUUUGUGCCAAGUUGAAAAUUAUUAAAAGAUGCCUUGCUCUGCUGUAACGCUCUCUUUGGCUACCAUAACUGGUAUUAUUGCUACAGCUCUUCUGGCAAUUGCCUUCUCUACGGAUAACUGGCUAUAUACGGAGGUCAAACGGGCCCAAAUUCAGCAAUAUGUUCACAAACAUCCAGAGCAAAGUAAUGUGAUUGGACCUAUGAAUAAGUAUUAUUACUAUACGAGAACUCAGGGUCUCUUCAGGAUAUGCUUUCCCAAAGAUCGACCACCCACGGUGGAAACAUAUUUAAGUCCUGUGGAGACGCAUUGCACGAAUGUCAAUUACUUUAUUCCUGAUGAAGAAAAUGAAACAAGAAGCUUUACAGAAGAUGCCAUGACCAGACUUCACAUGGGACGUUCAGUGAUAGCUGUUUUUAUUGUGGCCUUUCUGGCGAUAUUCUCAGCCUUUUGGACAGGAAUAGUGGGCUGUUGGCGUAGAUCACCAGGAAAUAUUACUGCAACUGCCAUACUUAUGUUGUGUGCUUGUUUGCUGAGUGCUGCAGGAAUGGGUCUUUGGCACGGAGUUGAAUACUACGAAAAAGAGAAAAUGAUUGGAGAAGAAUAUUUCCAACAGUGGAGCAAUGUUCUAAAGGAUAAUGCAGUUCAAUGGUAUGAUUGGUCCUUUUACCUAGCCUGGUUAGGAGUAGCAACAUGUUUAGCGGCAAUGACCCUAUUCCUGAUAGCUGCAUCUUGUUUGCGCAAGGAGCGCAUCCGGGAGCAAACCCAGAAUAUUCAAUACAUUAUGCCAGUUUACCCUCAAAAACAACAAUACGCCUACGCUGGAUAUCCAGCACCAGCGGCAUAUCCAGGACCUUAUUAUCAUGGUUCACAAUAUGGGCCUUAUAAUUAUUGAAAAUCAAGUUUUUAAAGUGUUUCAAGUGCAAUGAAGAAAAAAAAAAUAAUUAAAGGGACUACACAUAGUCCAAUUUAAAACUGAAUCCCUCCAAAAUUCAAUUGUCCGUUUUUUUUUUUGUAUAAAUUUAUUCAGUCAUAUAUAGUAAACACUCAAAUGGAUGCUUUAAAAUAAUAAGUCAUUGUUUAGUUCUAAUCAACAUAUAUAUGAAAAAAGAGACAAUUUUUUAAGUAGUUAUUUCUGCAUAUUAAUUUUGUUAUACAAAUAUUGCAAUUAAUUUUGUGUACCACAUAAAUGGCGCAACAUUAUUAAAAAAAAAUGCGUGUACAUUAUUAUUAAGUAAAAAAAAAAAUAAAAUUUUGGUGCUGUUGACUUGAAAGCAUCAGGAUCAAAAUUCAAGAAAGACUAAAUUUACAUAUAUUUAAAAUAUACAUAUUGUAUAUUUGAAACUUAUUGAUCAUACUUCGAACGUUAACAAAUAACUUUA